AUGAUUCUACGAGAAGCAUCAUACAAUGAUGGAAAUAAUCUCAAACUGUUGAGUGUAUUCAUAAGGAAGAAUGAUGAUCUUUCAAAAUUAGAUGCUUACAUGAAGACAUCAGACCAGAUAAUCACAAUGAAUAAUCCUAUACCUUCCAACUUGAAGUCAGAAGCAAAAAAGGCAGCUAAAAUAUUACGAGAAUUUACAGAAAUAACUUCCAGAAAUGGACCUGAUAAGAUCAUACCAGCCAAUGUAAUAGCUAAAGCUAAAGGCCUUGCAGUUUUGUCUGUUAUCAAAGCCGGAUUUUUGGUAACUGCUCGAGGAGGCAGCGGGAUUGUAUUAGCACGUCUUCCUAAUGGAGGUUGGUCUUCUCCUUCUGCAAUAGGGAUAGCUGGCCUUGGUGGUGGAUUUGAAAUUGGAAUUGAGGUGUCAGAUUUAGUAAUAAUACUGAACCAUGAAAGAGCAGUUGAAGCUUUUGCAAAAGGUGGCAAUCUUACACUUGGAGGAAAUUUUACAGUGGCAAUUGGGCCUUUGGGAAGAAAUUUAGAAGGUGAUGUUGCCGUACGAAGCUCGGCUGCUGUCUAUACAUACUGCAAAUCGCGAGGGUUGUUUGCAGGGGUAUCUUUAGAAGGAACAUGUUUAAUUGAAAGGAAAGAAACUAAUCGCAAAUUUUAUGGUCAAGAUAUUCGAGCUAGUGCCAUUUUAUUUGGUGAUGUACCUCGUCUUACUCAAUCAGAAGAUCUGCAUGAAAUUCUGGACUCCUUUACUGAACAAUAUGAAAAUGAGGAGCAGAAAAACAAUGCAAGAAAAGCAGCAAGGGAACAAAGGAAGGCUAAUGAUCCACCUGUUAAACCAUCGUCAAGGCCACAGUCACGUAAGCCACCUGUGUGUGCUGCACCAGCAGAUGUAAAAAAUCCACACAAACUUUAUCCUGAACUUCCCAAUUACCAUGCCACUGAGGGGAAUUGGAGUAAACCUAUGGAAGUGACAGCACUUUAUUCAUUUGAAGGACAGCAACCAGGUGACUUGAAUUUCAAAGCUGGAGAGAAAAUCAUUGUCAAAACCAAAACAAAUUCACAGUUCGACUGGUGGGAAGGAAGCAUCGGAGGACAAACUGGCAUCUUCCCAGCCAAUUACGUUACCACGAACUGUAACUAA